CGCAGCUGCAGGACUGGAUGCAUGCAACAUGGAUUGCAGACAGUCUGAUUUGAGCACAAAGACUACUGUGCUGCUGACAGCUGCAUAUUGAAUUCCAGCUGUGCUCUCCUGCUUCAGUUCUUUUCAAUCAUUGUCGGUCUCUGAAGAGGAACAAAGGUUAACGCCUUCUGUCAUAUAGAACAACAUGUUGGACUACUAGUGUGACCCCCUUUUCAGUCUGUUAUAAAAGGGUCUUCACAAGUCUUGACAAUGUUUAACACUGAGAGCAAUAGCCAUCGUCACCACAAAGGAUGAUCUCUCACGAAACUGCACUCAUUCGAAACUACCUGCUCAAAAUUCAGAAGCAUAGUUGUUGAAUCACACAUUCGUUUUUCUCAAACUUGGACUCAGACAUAGUUGCUGUUUCAGACAGACAGACAGCCCUGGUCAAACCCCUUGUGAUCCUGUGGCCUUUGAGAAAAUGGUAGACAGCUUGGCCAGUGGAGAUGGCGUGAAGGACAGUGAAGAGUCGCUGGCCAAAGAGGAGAAUGGGCACCUACCGGACCAUGAGGAGCCUCAGCCCACGCCUCCCGAGUCCAAGGCCGACCCUGAGGCUCAGAAUGGCAUGCCGCCGCGGGCUUGGAAGUGGUCUGUCAUCUUCCUCUGCUUCUAUGGCUUCAUGGUUCAGUUGAAGCCAGGGGAGCCCUUCAUUACGCCAUACCUGCUCAGCAUGGAGAAGAACUUCACCAAAGAGGAGGUCACCAACGAGAUCAUCCCGGUGCUGUCCUACUCGUACAUGGUGGUGCUGGUGCCGGUGUUCCUCCUGACGGACUACCUGCGCUACAAGCCCGUGCUGGUGCUCCAGAGCAUGAGCCACGUGUCCAUCUGGCUGCUGCUGUACCUGGGCACCACGCUGCUGGAGAUGCAGUUCAUGGAGUUCUUCUACGGCAUCACCAUGGCGGCGCGCGUGGCCUACUCCUCCUACAUCUUCUCGCUGGUGCCGCCGUCCGAGUACCAGCGCGUGGCCAGCUACUCGCGCACGUGCGUGCUCCUGGGCGUCUUCGCCAGCUCGGUGCUGGGGCAGCUGUGCGUGUCGCUGGGCGACAUCACGUACGCCACGCUCUCGGCCGUCUCGCUGGGCUUCGUCGGCCUGGGCCUGCUGCUGUCCACCUGUCUGCCCUGGCCCGCCCGAAGCUUGUUCUUCAACAAGAGCUGGCGCGCCGAGGAGGCCGAGAAAGCGGCGGCCGCCGGCGCCGCCACCCAGGCGGAGUUGGCCCAGAUGCGGCCCGACGGCAAGCCGGCGACGCUCGUCCCCCCCUCGUCCCCCCCCUCCUCCGCCUGGAAGAACUCUGUGUUUGUGAGCAUGCUGAAGGAGCUGAGGAACGUGGUGCGAGUGCCCAACCUGCGGCUCUGGAGCCUGUGGUGGAUCUUCAACUCCACCGGCUACUACCUGGUGCUCUUCUACGUGCACACCCUGUGGAACAAGCUCGCCCCCUCCUCUGAGAACAAAGUCUACAAUGGCGGCGUGGAGGCAGCUUCCACACUACUAGGGGCCAUCACGUCGUUUGCGGCCGGCUACCUGAAGAUCCGCUGGAAGCUGUGGUCAGAGCUGGUCAUCGGCGGGAUCACGGCCGUCAUGGCCGCCCUCCUGUUGGUCAUGGGCAGCACGGAGAACAUCUGGGUGUGUUACGUCACCUACAUCUUAUUCCGAGGCUUCUACCAAUUCUUGGUUCCUAUCGCCAUUUUCCAAAUCGCAUCUUCGCUGACUAAGGAGCUGUGUGCCCUUGUGUUCGGUGUGAACACUUUCCUCGGAACCAUCCUCAAGUCCAUCAUCACCCUCAUUAUUUCUGAUAAACGAGGGCUUGCUUUGCCAGUUGAGUCACAGUUUUUCGUGUACUUCACGUUCUUUGUCGUCCUGACGGGGGCCUACCUGGUGAGUGCGGCCUGGGUCAUCACGCGACACUACCGGAACACACGCAGAGAGGGCAGGGCUGCCAGCGAAGUCCCGCCCACAGCCAUGAGCCCCAUGGAGUCCGAGGCGGCAGAAUCGGAGCCUCUGUCUAAUGGCGGUGGGGUGAAAACAUGAGCAAGCUCAGGUGGGAGAUAUUGUGACUGUGAGUUGAUGCUGAUACAGAGGGCGACUUUACCUAACAGAUUGCACAGGAUUUACUGUACAGCUGUAUACAGUACAGUAAUGAAAAGGUAGAGUGAUCCUUCACCUGCAGAAGUGCCUUGUGCCACGAACUCUUAGAUCCGUUAAUAAAUAGUUGUUACACAUGUAACAAUUUGAACCUCACUUUGUAGAAGUUUCUAGCCCAUUCAGAGGACACAUUAUUUGUGAAUUGUUUUUGGAAUUGUCACACUAUUCACUUUCAGAGACAUUUUUUUCUGUUAUGUUACCCUUGUGUUGUAUAGUGACGUAUACAUCAGUGCUCAAGACAUUAACUCUGAGUUUUUUUGUUGGUAUGUUUUUAAGUUGUGCUGGGAGGAUUUUCAAGUUGUGUUGGAAGGAUUUUUAACAAUCCUUUUUCCUGCUGUGGAGCGUUGAGAAACGUUCAGGUGACUUCAAGUCAGUACAGUAUUUAUUAUUAUUAUUUUUUUUUUAAUCUCUGAGUGCCAAGUGAAAUGGAGGAUCAUUCCAUCUGGAUAUGUAAAAUGUAUUUCAAUUAAGGACCCACACCACGCUUCCGUAGAGGGACCAAAUGUUUUUGUGGCACAAUUCUCUGCAUGCGCCCCCGGUAGUUAACUACAAAUGUUCUUCUAGGUUGAAGUCCACAACUGUUCAGUAGCAGAUAGACAUGUCUGUCGACAUUUAUCAUCCUAAGCUAGCCUUUGUCUAACCAUGCACUACAUACUGUAUCUAUAGUCUUUACUGCUUGUGUAAACAAACACAAGCGUUGGUACGUUUCUUCUUUGCCAUCAGUGGAGGGGUUAUAGUACUUGUAUAUAAUCAGCAUUUUUCAGAGGAAACACAUGUAAGAAAUGUUACUGAAUAACCAGCCUUCAACAUGGUCAUUGUCAGUAUUGUGGCACAUAUGGCACAAUUAGUCCAGUCAUGCACAUGUGGCUUGCUGUUUUAAUGCUGGUGAGGGUUGUGGUGGAUGCUGCAUGUAGGCUACCUGCCGGCCUCUCCUUGAGGGGGAGGUGUCCGAUCAGUCAGAGUGAUGACUAAUUUGUGAUCACAACACAUGGAUUCAUUGGACAGAGUAGAAUGUCAACAGUUAAUAUGCUGCUGCACUGAUUGCUGGUACCUAGCAAUGCAACAAAAUGCUUCCGGUUAUAGUUUUAUUAGAUAACUUUUUUAUCAUUAGAAUUUGACCAUUAGAUGCUGGGUUUUUGCUGACAAUGUCUUUCCCAAAUUGGCGACACUCCUAUUGUAUUUUCAUUUGAUUGAUAAUGUAAUUUGUUGAAUAACUCUGACUACUCAGUGAUUUUUUUUCUUAGUUAGAGCUAGCACUUCAGGAAAACUUGUCCAAUACGUCUCUACAGGGUUACCGGUACACACACCAGAACUUCAAACUAGGAUGUGGUGUCUAUGGCCCAUGUGAACACUUUCACACCAGUGCCAUGAUCCUAUAAUAAUAAUAAUAAUAAUAUGAAGAUUUCCAAAAAUGUUCUCAUGUCAUGUUCACUGAUUCAUGCAACUGAAAUAGGAAGCUAUGAAAUGCAUAGGAAUGUUCACUCAACUGCACUUCUCUGAUAGAUUUUGAAAAAGGCACUUUUAUCAUUUUUUGUGGAAUAAGUCCUUUGGGAAGCUAAGGAAUCAGAUUACUGUGAUUGCGCCUUGUCACACUGUAUCAUUGAUAGAUAAACAUAAUUUGAGAGAUUGUAGUUCUGCUUUGAGUUGAGUUUUAGGCUUCCCUACCAUUAGCUGGUUAGGGAAGCCACCAUGGAUGUGAUUUGAGACGUCAGCACUCGAGUCACUGAACACUGUGCACUUACUGAUUACUAUUGAAAAUAAAUCAUUUACAGAUGACAGCUUUUUUCUAUGUUAUAGAAUAUUCAAAUGCAGUUUACAGCCUUGGUGGGGCAUAAGUGAUUUGUAUUGGCUUUUGUAACCUGAAAUGUCAUGAUGUAGCUGCAGAAUGACAUGUACAUAUUACCUUAACUCAGAUGUUAUCUGUGUGGGAUGUAGAUCUAGAACAAAUGAUGAAGCAGCUGAUCCUUUUUAUGUAUAUGUUUUUUUUCUUUCCUAAACUGAUUUUUUUUUUAUGCUUGAGUUUUAUACUAAUAUUGUUCUGGAUGAUUUUGAGUCAUAACUGUGGAAGUACUAUUGCUGUUUUUCUUUCUUUUUUUUUUUUAUCAAAUACAUUUUUGCAAAAUGUACCCGUGUUGUUUUUACUCUUGAUCAACAUCAAAUUUGAAAAAUACACUUUUUGAUUAAUGA